AUGGAUCUUCAGAACUUUGAUGAGACCUCGUCAAUGGACGAGUCUCAUUCGCGGGACGAGUCGUCCUCGUCGGUACAACAACCCCGCGAGCCCCGCAGGAAAGGCACUGGCGGUCUGAGGGUGUCGCACACACAGUCAUCGUUUCAAGAAGACCUGAGCGAACACCAACGGCAAAUGCAAGUCGAUAGCCGCAGCUUCCCAAAGCGGAAGAAGGUAGCAUCGGAGAAGUUUGUCUUCCAACCGUCUACUUUGGACAAGCUCAUCAUCGGCAUCUGGGAGCAAGUACAUAGCACGCUCAACCUCGAUCCGAAAGCAAUCUUCGAACAAUUCCAAGUAACGCCCAAUGGAUCCUCCAUGAGUAUGGGCAUGGUCGGCCAUGCGCACACCGAUGAAACACCUUCCGCUAUGGCAGUGCUCAACAACGCUCCGAAUCCGAUAUCCGAAUCCUUCAGUCAGAUGAAUGUCUUUUGUCGCAAAGUUACACAAGCGAGUCGCGUGUGCCGGUCCAUCGAAAUGAUCGUACAAGCCCGCUGGGUCGAACUGUUUGAGGAACAGGUGCUAUACCGGAGCCAAUUGAGACCAGAGCUGUCAACAACAAAGCAUAGGAAAGCUGUGUUCAUGGAAGCGUGUCAGGACUUCGAUUGGUCGGAGUAA